CCUCGGGUUCCCAUGCUGGCUUACAGCCACAUUAAGGGCAGCGGUGACAAGACCCAGUGUUUCUUCUUCACUUCUUACAAAGAGGCGUCCCGUGGUAUCCUCAUCCUGGUGGGCAUGCACCGCAUCCUGACAGUGCUGGAGUUCAUCCUCCCAUUGGCCAUGCUGAUGUUCUGUUCCAUCCGAAUCUCCAGAUUCCUAAAGAAGCGAACGAUGGGAAAACCUGGCAAGGUGCGCAAGGCGAUGAGAGUGUGCGUCGUUAUCGUCACGGUGUUCAUGGUUUGCUUCCUGCCCACCACGGUGACGACCAUCGGGGUGUGGGUCAUCCGCUCAUAUCACCCAUGGGACUGUAACGCCUUCUACACCUUCACCCAGAUCACCAUUGCGUCUUUUGGGUUGAACUUCCUGAACUCUGCCCUGGACCCCAUCAUCUACGUCUUCUCCAGCACCAUGUUUAGGAGGGCGCUGUUGGGUGCUCUGCCACGUGCCCUGCGCUGUGGACAGGACACAGAGGAGAGCAACUCAAUCCACCAUCCAGCAAGAGCUGAAGUCCAUGAGAGCUGACAGCUGGAACCCCUGCAGGGCCAUACAGCCCGUGGGCUGGACCCAGUGUUCCAGUUGUGAGCAUGUUGACUGGUGAGAUUUGCUCAUCGC